AUGUACAACACUACCACAUACACCAGCCAGAAUGCGGGAAGGAGGGAUCAGUUGCCAGCUGAGAAAAGUCAAACAUCCACAGCAAAACGAUCACCAUCAAUUUUGGUUACUGACGUUAGAAAGAAUCAAAUAAGAGCGCCAUUUGCUGGCCAUAAGCUACAACAGCAAAAAUCAAAGGAUGAAAGGACGCAAGAUAGGGUAUCUAACUUUGUUAAAAGUAUGAGAAGGUCAUCAAAUUCUAAAUAUUCUAAGAUAUCGAUUUCCAAUUUAACGUCUAAUAUCAGCGAUAUUCCAUCCUCCAGGCAGCGUGAACUCCCGAGGUUCAUGACUAAUGACCCUCUUGUUAGUCGCCGUAACUCUCAAAAGAUUCCACAGUACACAAAAAAUUUGCCAAGUAGAACAUCGAAAGUUACAGAAAAACUGGUGCUUAUUCCCGAGCAGGAGUCAAAUCAUUCAGUUGAUGGAAGUAGAGAGAAAACUACCAAUGAGAAUAUUUUUCAGGAAGUAAAUAAAAGAACUAAAGCUGAAAAACUGACUAAGGAACAACGAGAGGUUGAAUAUCCUAGAGUUACUGCAUAUUUGAUAGCGGAAGGAUUCAACCUCAAGCUAACUUCCAAAUUUCUUGCUAAAAACCAUUGUGUUUUACCACGACUGUACGAUGAAGUACUAUAUAUUCCUUAUUCUUUACCCUUACUUCCUGGGGAAAAUGGGUAUAGAGUUCAAUCAAACACAUCUUUGAAAAUGCAACGAGGAAUAAAAUUGAUGGAACAGUUUAUUGAUAAAUCUGAAGAAAGAGAUCAUCAUUAUGAGUUCUACUCGGGCGCUGAUCACGAGAACAAGGAUGCAACCGAUAUUGACGAGAUAGUAAACUCUCCAAACCAAAACGAUUUUGAUCCUUCUGAACCGCAAUUCUUUGUCAGUAACAGCCCGACUGAUAGUCUUUUAGAACAGGAAGCCGAAGAAAGUAGAUCAGAUUCAAACGGGUCCUGUAAAUCCAAUAUAUCAGCAGAUUUGAAAACUUCUUCUUCAAGUGAUCUAAAUCAUUCACAUAAGAAAAUUGACAAUCAUGAGAAAGAUGAUAUGGAUAAAUAUGCACAUGACACGAAAAGGAGAAACUCAUUUAAAAAAGGUUUGCCUGACUUAAGCAAGCAUGCAGAAAUGUUUAUACUUGAUUAUGGUGUUGUAGUAUUUUGGAAUUUUAGUGAAAUUCAUGAAAAGAACAUUCUUGCUGAUUUGGUUUUUGCAAAAAUUGAGCCUGGUGAGUUUGAUGAGGAAGAAGAAGAUGAUGAUGAUGAUGAUGAUGAUGACGAUGACGAUGACGGUGAAAACGAUGGUCAAGAAGAUAGUGAUGAGAUCUAUCCUGAAAAUAAUUAUGGCGGAAAUGUGGAAAACCAUAAUGAUACUGCUGUACCUGGUGUUUGUAAACCUUCCGACAGCACAAAAUGUACCAGUGAGAGCUCUGGUGAUGAAUCAGAAGAAAUGCGGCAAACUGAACUAUCAUUAAUAAUAAAACCUGUUCCUGAACAUGACAUCGAAACUGAAGAAUUUCACUUUGAAUAUAACAAAGAUGUUCCAACCCCCCGCAUAUACAAUGAUAUGAUCACUCUAAAGUCUGGAGAUCACUUAAUCAAACUAACAAUGUCACAUGCAAUAGCUCAAUCGACAAAAUUGUCAUUAUUUGAAAGUAAGAUGUCAGGUGUUUUAAACUCUAUUUCGAGAUUACCGAAAGCUCUUGCAUUGACAGGCCAACUACAAAACUAUACUUCAAAAAGACUUUUGGCUAAAACUGGGCGAUUAUUUCAAUUACGUAGUGAGGUCAAUUUAUUGUCAAACGUCCUUGAUACCCCGGAGUAUUUUUGGUCUAUUGAGCCUGGUUUGCACCCCUUAUACACAGCUGUUCGGGAUUAUUUAGAAAUUGAGCAGAGAGUGGAGGUUAUAAAUGAUCGAUGUAAGGUAUUUUUGGACUUCUUUGAUAUUUUAUCAGACUCGUUAGCAGAGAAGAAGAUGACUAAAAUAACGAAAAUGUUAAUUCUGGCUAUUGGUCUGAGUGUCAUUGUCUCAAUCUUUGAAAUAUUUGUGCGGUACCUGAUUAUCUCAAAAUUGAAAAGUACAUAA